GCCAGUUUGGAUGCUUCAAGAACCCAAGAGGAACCCAAAGAGCAAAUAAUGUCACCUUUCUUCCCACUGGUUUUCUUGAGCUUUGUCGGCUAUGGGUGGGGAUACAAUUGUCUGAACGCUGGUUAUGAUUGCAGGAAUGGAGGGGCUUGCGAUUACUUUGGAAGAUGUAAAUGCCCUCCAGGUUUCAGCGAGUAUGACUGCGGUUUGGAUUCUGCUGCCAUAACAACGGGACCGGCCUGCAGAGCCUCUUGUAUGAACAAAGGAAUCUGCUUCGGCGGGACACGCUGUUUCUGUCCCGAAGACUUCAUUGGAACCAAAUGCGAAGUACCUGUUCUGAGCGCCGAUUGUGGGAUGUCCUCAAUGAAAAUAAGAGCGUACCGACCUCUUAAUUUUAAUGGAGAAAUGUUCUUGAAGCAAAGCAUGUUUGGCUGCAAGCUGAGAGAAAUGUUUACCAACGUCGCAGGUUUUAAGAUGUUUGAGUUAGAUAUACCACAUGAAGCAAUUUCCCCUUGUACGUUAAAGAAAACAGAAAAUCCAGAGACCGGAGACACAAUAUAUGAAGUAGAAGUUGCCACUGCGCACACCAAGGGCCUGUUCAGUAUGUCCGAUACAGUACAUAAUGUCAAAUGUGUCUACGGGCAAAGACGUAUGGGAGAGAACCCAGUUGACGUCACGGCUGACCUAAACCCUAUUUCUGUAAGAGUUGUGGAUUCCAAUGAGCGCCCUUUACAGCAAGUCCAAAGAAACGAUGCUUUCUAUGUUCUUGCAGAAUCCACGGGAAAAUUGCCAGAUACCCAGGGUGCACGUAUUAGAUAUCUGGAGGCCUAUAGUAUUGACAGACAGACUAACGAGGUGAAAUCUAUAAAGCUGAUUGAAGACGAGUGUCCUAUAGAGUCAGCUGUUAGUCUCUUGGGAUUUACCCCUUCCAAUGUGCCUUUCGAGUUAAACCAGAAAUGGCUUGGACGAGUGGAAAUGAAAGGUUUCUUUUUAAUCGAUGGUGAACCUCUGUACCUUGACUACCGCGCAAAACUCUGCAGGAGAAAAUGUUAUGAGAAAUCCUGUAAUUCACCUGGACCAAUAGAAAUUCCAGUUAAUAAGCCAUUCCAAGAUGUAGUCCAACCAAUUGAAGUUGUUUGAAAACAUUUUAGCACCAUCUCAAAAAAAUGUAAUAAACUUACAGCAGUCCGUUCACUGAAUUAUUUUAAGGGGUGCUUAAGAAUACGAGAUGAACAUUUGAUUGGACAGUGAAAAGUCUAUGUUACUUUCUUAUUUGUUAAAAAUCCUGUGAUUGGUAAUGUGUAUAUUGCGUUACUAUUUUUAUAACUAUCAGUAAAUUUCAAAAAUAAAAUCUUUUUUUAAGAAAAAUGCUAAACAAUAAAUAUGAAUUCAUUUA